CGGGUUCAGCCUUGAUUAUUUUAAAUACACCUGCUCGUGAACGGUAUUCCAAAGCACGACACAUAUGCCAGAGAUCAAAAGCCAGCAGGAGACGAAUAUUAUUACAGUGACAUUUACUUCGUGCUGUUUUUGAUUCAUAGUUUUAGUACCCGGUGUAAGAGAGGUCGACUCCUGCUUCGCAGGCUAGAACGUUUGCUGUUUUGUUUUUUUCUUGGCUUGAAACCAAGAGGGGUGAGAGUUAGAUAAUAUGACUGCCCUUUGUCAGUUUUUUGUCGUUGCUGGAAUUCUUACACAAACAUGGAAAGGAGCUCAAGCAAUUUUAGCGAAGAACAUCAUUGUUGGCGUAUUAUACACCAAGGAAUACGAGAAUAUGGGCUUCCUGUUUCAACCCGCCAUGCUCCGCAGAGAGGUGGUGCUACCUGGAACAUACGUCUUCAAGCCCGUCAUGAUCAAUGUGGACGGAAAAGAACUACUAACAAAAGAGGUCGCCACGUCGCUCUCCACGGCCGUGUGCAUAUUUGAUCUGUACACCGGUGAUUCAGAUGCGUACGCGUUGGCAGAGAUGCUGAGAAUCCCGCUCAUCCAGAUGGAGGCGUUUCGGGACGACCCGCCAAACCCGUUUGUCAUCUCUAUGCGUCCACACUACCACAUGGUCAGCAGAGCACUCUUUGAUAUGUCACUCUACUUUGGGUUUAAGGACAUUUCGAUUAUCUACGAUAGGAAGUUUGUGGUGCCCGCAACUGACUUCUUCAACCUGGCUCGGACGUCUGACCGGUUCCAGGUGUACAUGAUGCCAAGUUUGGAUUUGCAGGGCAACAUCCAGGUUCCACUCACCGUGCUCAAGAAUUCUUGGUUCAAGAACAUCAUCAUUUUCUGCGAUCAGGAAGAUCUAGCCCGCAUCAUGAACAUGGCUUUAUUUGUUGGAUUCAACGAUGAUAGUGAUUAUAAGUGGAUUGCUUCUGAUCUGGAAGUUGCCGGCCCAAACAAGACCUACCCGUCCAUUCUUGGUAUGGUAGGGUUAAGCUUGAACCUGGACAACGACAGGCUAUCAGAGCACUUGCAGCGCACUGCGAUCACGCUAAGCGUGGGAAAAAUACUGUCCCCGGUGGCCUACUCUGUCGUGAACGACUCCAUUCAAGUUGUAGCAAACGCCAUCCGUAGCCUGAUCUCUGCCAGUCUGUGGCCGAAAAUCUACCCUCGACCAGCCAAUCAGGACUGUCCUCUACAGGACGAUACUGGGAAAUUAGGACCCACACUACUUGACGCAAUCAAAGGGCGAAAAGACCGUGGUAUGACCGGACCGAUCAGCUUCAACAAGCAGGGCCAACGUAACGCUAAGGGCGGCUUCGAUAUUUUGAAUAUCCGUGAAGACGACGUGGAAAAGGUUGGAAAGUGGACGCCCUCCCCUAUGCAGGACACGGACGCUCUGCGCAUGAAGAGUGUCAAUCCUGUUAAGUGGGUGGGGCAAUAUGCAGAAAUGGUUAAGUGCCACAACCCGAAUACACCGGGGUCUUCGUUGCCGCGACCAAAGAGAGUGAUCAAACUCACGGCAGUAAUAGAACCACCAUUCCUAGAUUGGCGCAACGGGUCGAUAGAGACUCGACCUGUAUCUAACGAGAGCUUACAGGGCUUUCUGAUCGAUGUAAUUAACGAGCUGUCAACCGUGGUAGGCUUUGAAUACGAAAUCGAUUUGCGACGAGAUACAAACUAUGCAAGCAUGGUAAAUGGACGAGUGACAGGCAUGGUUGGAGACCUGAUAGAUAAGAAAGCAGACAUGGCGCUCGCUCCGAUCACAAUCACCGCUGAGCGUGAAAGCAAGAUAGACUUUAGCAAGCCGUUUAUGGACUUCAUGCAGAGUUUGAUUAUGAAGGAGAUGAAGGAGGAGGAGAUUAGUUUGUUCGCAUUCGUGCAGCCAUUCGACGGAACCGUGUGGCUACUCAUAAUUCUAGUGGUCCUAUUUGUCACUAUCAUGAUGUUCGUAGUCGAUCUCUGGAGUCCGUUCGGACAUCGGGCCGAGGCUAGGAUCACGGAUGAGGGAGCUGGGGACGAGUUUAACCUGUUCAACAGUCUUUGGUUUGCUACCGCGUCUAUGCUUCAGCAAGGACCCGACAACACACCCAAGUCGCCAUCAGGGAGAAUUCUUGCUUCUGCCUUCUGGUUCUUUAUUCUUAUCAUUAUUUCUACUUACACAGCAAACUUGGCUGCAUUUUUCACAAAGAAGACCUCCAAGAACUUCAUUGAGACGCUAGACGAUCUGACUAAACAGAAGAAGAUAAGUUACGGCUGCUUGAAGGGGGGCUCAAUGGCGAGCUUCUUCGAGAAAUCCAACAACCCCUUGUACAAGACCAUGUUCCGUCAGAUGGAGUUCGUGUCGAGCACCAAGGAGGGUGUGGCGAGGGUUAGGGAGGGCACUUACGCCUAUCUCACAGAGCAGCCUUACUUAGACUACUACAACAAGCGCGAGCCAUGCGAUACAAUCCUUUUGAACAACCUACUAACAGCCAAAAGCUACGGCUUUGGAAUGCAGCGGAACUCUCCUUACAUUAACGAAAUAUCUGUUGGCAUACUGAACCUUCGUGAGAGCGGUUUCAUCGAGCGUGCACGUGUUAAGUGGUGGGAUGACCGGUCAGAGUGUCCGGAAAUCCAACAAGAGAGUUCGACGCAGAGCCUGGGUAUCAAGAACAUGGCAGGCGUGUUCAUCAUCCUCAUGGGUGGUGUCGGGCUGUCACUCAUCCUCAUCAUCAUCGAGAUAAAGUGCAAGAGACUGGUCGAUAUGUUGACUCAUAACCAGUGUGUGACUGAAGACGAUGAUAAUGACCAAGACCUCGAGCCGACAGAAAACCUGAUGGAAUUACAACUUCUCCCACCACCGCCAAAACGACCCAACAAUCUACGACUUGUCCCAGAUAUCUACGCCCACACACCAGAAAGCAAGCUUUGAGCCCUGUGAGGUUACCAUGUAAACAAGCCUUAGCAACCAUUGGCCUUGGCAACCAUUAAUUAAACGACAGAUUCGAAUUAAAUUAAGUGAAGCAAACGGGACUUGUAUUGUGAUAAACUAGUUCUUUCAGAAUUUUUGUAAAAAUUGUGCAAUGUUGAAGGGUAAGAACAUCCGGUAUUGUGUAAAGUAUAGAAUUGUAGCAAAAUAAUUUAACAUGUUAAGAUCUAAAAGUCGCUGCCAGUGCGUAUGAUAAUGUUUCUCAUCUGAUCUAAUUAGAGUAAAAUAAUAUUUAUUAAAAAAAAAACAGCCCAUAGCAAAAUAGGUUAAAUGUUAUAUGUCUUAAUUACAGCAAAUGGAAUAGGAUUCAUUGAAAACUUUUAAAUAAAACUAAGACUAAAA